GUAGAAAGAAACGUAAUUCAAGAACGAUAAAGCUAAAUAACUUCACACAACGACGACGUUUUUUCCUGAAAAGGGCUUUCCACCAUUUCCCUGUCCGCGUCGACUUGCACACAGCGCAGACGUUAGGUCACCAGAUUUUGUUAAGCAAAAUCCACGCAUCUAUUUUUCUUCAGUCCGUGUGGAAACGAUGUUUUACAGAGGUAAAUACGUUGAUAGUGGUGAUGCAAGGGAAAUGGGUUUCAAACGGCAGCGUUUAAUGGAUCAGGGUUCUUCAUAUUAUGGAGCUCCUGGUCCAAGUUAUAUGUAUGAUGCUCCACCUCCACCUCCUCCUGCAUAUUCUUAUAUUCCACCACCAUUUCCUGUUGUCCGGCUUCGAGGCCUUCCAUUUGAUUGCGCAGAGGCUGAGAUUGUUGACUUCUUCCAUGGUCUAGAUGUUAUUGAUGUUCUGUUUGUUCACAAGGGUGGCAAGUUUACAGGAGAAGCUUAUUGUGUAUUGGGAUAUCCACUUCAAAUUGAUUUUGCCUUACAGAGGAAUAGGCAAAACAUUGGUAGGAGAUAUGUCGAGGUUUUCCGAAGCAGGAAAGAGGAAUACUACAAGGCUAUUGCAAAUGAAGUUUUUGAUGCUCCUGGUGGUUCACCUCGUCGUGGUGCCCCAAGGGCAAGAUCUACUGAUGAGAGGGACUUGUCAGAAUUUAAAGGAGUGUUGCGGUUGAGAGGAUUGCCGUUUACUGCUACCAAGGAGGAUAUUAUUAACUUCUUUAAAGAUUUUGAUCUGUCAGAAGACAAAGUUCAUUUAAUAGCUAAUUCCGAGGGGAGGCCAGCAGGAGAAUCUUUUGUGGAGUUUGGAAGUCCCGAAGAUUCGAAAGCUGCAAUGUCCAAGGAUAGGAUGACCUUGGGGUAUCGCUACAUAGAGCUUUUCCCUGCAUCACGUGAGGAGUUGGAAGAAGCUGCUUCAAGGGGCCGGUACUUCUUUGAUGACUUUAAGAUCUAUUUUAUUGCAACAUUCAGGAUACAUUGCAAAGCUAAUAAAGUCGGUAUUUAGUUUAUAAAGCAUCUAUAGAUGGAAAAUUCUUAUCAAGCCGAUUCUGAUUUUAACUGUUGUAAUUAAAUUAUGUUCAUUUCUGAAAUUCUGCUGCAAAUUUACAAAUAGAAGUUUACUAUACUAGUAUUAUUUGUUGGGUGCACCUUUAUGUGUUUUUUUGAUGUGGCUUGAAGGUUUUAAUGUUUGUUCUUUCGAGGUCCUUCAUUGAUGACUUUGACAUCUAUUUAUUACUCCCUCCGUCCCACUAGAAUUGGCACUUUUGAGUUGGGCACAGAAAUUAAGAAUAAAGGGUUAAAAGUGUAAAGUAGGUAGGGUCCACUUAUUUUAUGUGUGUAGAGAAUGUAGGGACCGCAUACCAUUUUAGGAAAGUGUCAAUCCUAGUGGGAUAAACAAAAAAGGCAAGUGUGCCAAUUCUAGUGGGACGGAGGGAGUACAAUUCUAAUAAACUCAGUAUUUCCGGCUUAUAGAUGCAAAUUAUACAAUUAUGAAAAGAAUGACAGCCACAGUUCGAAAAUUAUAAGUAAGCUGUUUAUGCUUAAAUGGUGUAGUUAAAUUACGUUCAUUUCUUGAAUUCUGCUGCAAGUUACAAAUAGAUGUUUAAUUUAUGCAAAUCGACAAUGGUGAUGUCUGCGACUAUAAAGAAUUUGGGGCAUUAUAGGGUGGUAUUAUGGAUAUCAUUGCUAAUGAUAUGCUAUAAAUGGGUUGGCGUAUUAGUUACUUGUUUAUUGGAAGGAAAGAUAUAGAGAAAUGUUGCUGCAUGUACUAGUUUCAAUUAUUCUGUUUAUAUUGAAAUUUUUUUACAUUUAUGAAUUUAAUAGAUUGAUUCAAUUUUUAGUUAUAUCUGAAUUCAUAGUUAUGGUCAGUCAAACUGAAGGUUGGAAGUAUUGGAUGCUUCGAUGCUCAUACCUUUAUAAGAUGCUUCGAUGUUAUGAGAGUUCUUUAAGAAUGUUGGCUCCUUAGUUCAAGUAUUAGAUGCUUCUAGGAUUUGGUACUACGACUAUUGCAACUAAGACCUUGGUGUCAUGUCUACUAUUGCUACUUAGGUGUGACUCCUCCCUCUAAGACCUUGGUGUUGGAAUGUAAAAUACCUUGGUAUUGGAAAGUAUAAUUCACUCCCUCCGUCCCUCAAAUAACUUCCUUUCCUUUUUGGGCCAUCCCUCAAAUAACUUCCUAACUUUCCUUUUUGGGCCAUCCCUCAAAUAACUUCUCUUUCCAUUUUAGGACACUACCCCACCCUAAUAAUACCCCAUUUACUCUUACUUUUCACCAUUUCACCACUCCCAAUACUAAUUAUAACACCUUUUCUCACCACUUCCAAUACUAAUAAUAACAAUUUUUCACCACUUCCAAUACACUCAACAACUUCGUUUUAAAACCUGUGCCCCUCCCUCCUAGAAAGUUAUUUGGGGGGCGGAGGGAGUAUAUGGUAUUCACUACCUCAAUGUUUUCGCAUACCUGUCUUGGACUACACAACAAUAGAGCUACUUCUUGUUUACUUAAAGUCUGAAGCACAUCAUAUCGUUAGUAAGAUGGUGGAUUUACCAUAUAUGAUUUGACAUCUAGUAGGAUUUUUUAGACUAGAAAUUGAAUUGUAAUGCAGCUCUCAAUGACAUGAGAUGUGCAUUUGAAGUUCCGUAGUUUCUAAUGUCAACAUUUUAAGUUGUAAAUUAAUUGAAAACAGGUCCUUCUAAUGAAUGAUGUGUGAUGCUAGAUACUCAUCAUACUCUGGAAUACUUUCCCUUGGCUCUAUUAAAAUCGUUCGUGAUUUUUUGCUUUAUUUUCGGUUCAUACUUGCUGAUUUAUGUUUGAACAUUUCUGAACUAUUUUUCUGCCGUUGCUUUAUGACUUGUGGUUUUUAGUUAUGUCUACUUGUGACACUGCUAUUAAAUACCAUGAGAACUAUGAGUGAAAUUGCGACAUUCUCU